GCAUCUAUUAAUUAAAUAAAAUUGGGAGAAACAGAGAAAUAAUGGAGACUGAAGAAAACAUUGUAAUUGUUGGUGCUGGCAUAGCUGGUCUUGCUACUUCUUUGGCCCUUCACAGGUUGGGGCUGCGGAGUGUUGUGUUGGAAUCAGCAGAUUCGUUGCGAGCUACUGGAUUUGCAUUGGCGUUGUGGACUAAUGCCUGGAGAGCUUUGGAUGCAUUGGGCAUUGGGGACUCUCUUAGACAACGUUCCUUAUCCAUUACUGGGCUUAAAAGUUUCUCAGCUGAUUCAGGUGCACCUAUCAAGGAGGUAUCAUUUGUGGGGAAUAACAGGUUAGCAUUAUACCAAUUUUCAUAUUAGUUGGGGUCGGUUAUAUAAGUCCUUUUAUCUAUUCGUGUUUGUGUAUGUUCAUUUUGUUCCAACACUAGAUAAUCUAGCAUGUGAGACAAAUUAGGAAUUCUCUAAAAUUAGAGGUUUUUUGAGUAUCGCAAUCUAUAGAGAUGUAUAAAUUUCUAACCAUUGAUAUAAAGACUCCUCACAAACGUUGAAGUAAUGCAAACCUCCG